UGCUGCUGUAUCUGUUUGUCGCACAAUUUGAAUUCUUGUAGUUUAGUUGUAGACUUUUGCGAAUAUGGAAUGUAAUGUUACAGUUCAAUAAUGUUAUUUUCAGUAUAGCUAUGGCGAGUCGCAAAACAUUUCGGUGUAUUUAGGUUUGCUGUCAGUGUACCGUUGCUCUGACACCUGCAAGUACCGUUAGGAAAAACUUGUAUCUGUCAGUCAUUUGGCUAACUAACGUUAGCUAGCUGCCAGCGUAAUAUUAGUUAGCCCAUUACCUGCGUGAGCUAGCAAGCGACACCAGUUUGGUUACCUUUAAAGCUGGUCAUCCAGCCAGCUACCAACUAAUAAUUGUGAGGACGGUUGUGAGGAGAUAAACGAGGUCGGUCAGGAUAUUUCCCACAUAAGGAUUGGGUCACCACCCCCUGUCACACAGCCAUGGCUGACUGCAGCAUAGUCACUAUAGGGACCACUCGUAGCCUGCUGGUUGACUUCUCUGUGAAUGACUCCAGAAUGGCAGAGACCUCUAAGGAGCACACUUUCCUGGGCCUACCGGACGAUAUGGAUGACAUGCCUCGGGUGGAGACCAGGAUUGUUCUAGUGGGAGAAACCGGCAACAAUCCAGCUAUUGUGAAAGCACUUCAGGACAUCAAAAUAAUGGAAGUCCCAGUGGUAAAGAUUAAAGAAGGUGUCCCAGGCUCAGAGGCAGGCGAGAAAUUGAUAAAAUCUAUUGUAAAUAUGGACAUCAACAAGCCCUGCAUCAAGACCAACAAUGUCAAAGAGUUUGGUGACGGGGAGAACGCCGAGUUUGAGACAGUGUUUGUGCUGGCUGACUUCAAGUCUCCAGACUACGACUAUCUGUACAAGAAUGACAACCGCAUCGUGGGACCCCCUGUGGUGCUGCACUGUGCAGCCAGAGAGGAGCCACUUCCGUUCUCCUGUCGGCCGCUCUACUCCACCACCAUGCUCAACCUUUCGUUGUGUUUCACGGGGUUCCGCAAGAAAGAGGAAGUGGUCAACCUUGUCAAUCUGGUUCACCACAUGGGGGGCACCAUCCGCAAAGACUUCAGCGCCAAAGUCACCCACCUCGUAGCACACUCGACUCAUGGAGAAAAAUACAGGCUGGCCGUCUGCAUGGGCACCCCCAUCCUCACCCCAGAUUGGAUCCGCAAGGCCUGGGAGCAGAGGGACGACAUUAAUUUCCAUGCUGGGGACGAGAGCUUCCGCACUGAAUUCAAAGUGCCACCCUUCCAGGACUGUGUCCUUAGCUUUCUGGGCUUCACAGAGGAGGACAAAGCCAAUAUGGAGGAGAGGACACUCAAACAUGGUGGCCACUACCUGGAAGUUGUGAAUGAGAAGUGCACUCACAUGGUGGUGGAGGAGAACUCCAUUAAGGAGCUGCCCUUCCCUCCAUCCAAAAGACUUUACGUCGUCAAACAGGAGUGGUUUUGGGGGAGUAUACAGAUGGAUGCCCGAGCGGGAGAGUCCAUGUACUCUUAUGAAAAGGCGGAGAGCCCGGCGAUGAAGAAGACGUGCUCGCUGCUCUCCCUCAACACGCCCAACAGCAACCGCAAGCGCCGGCGGCUGCGCGACACCCUGGCCCAGCUCACCAAGGAGACGGAGAUCUCGCCCUUCCCGCCGCUCAAGCGGCCCUCGGCCGAGUACUCGCUCUCCAUGGGCUCCCUGCUGGACAUCUCCAACACGCCCGAGACCUGCAAGACCCUGGGAGAGUGCAGAGUAGGGGGCAGGUGCAGGCCAGGCCGCAGUGAGCCGCUCCGCCAGCAGAGGAAGAGGAGGAGCAGCGGCACGAUGAAGAUUAGCCGAGAGGCUGGCAGGGCUAGGCAGGCAGACAGGAGGCAGACCGAGUGCUGGACGGCCUUCCAGCGCACCAGCACCCCCCAAAGGCUGGAGCCGGGGGCCCCCGAACCCCCCGAGCCUCCGCUGGACAUGGAGCUCCAGCCCGACAGCCCUCGGGGAUGUGCGGGAGUCGGCAGCGACAGGCAGGCAGCACCAGAGAUGGCUAAGCCGUCGAAGAGCUCCACGCCCGCCCUGCCCAAGCAGUCUGCCAGGUGGCAGGUGUCCAAGGAGCUGUACCAGACAGAGAGCAACUACGUGGGCAUCCUGGAUACAGUGCUCCAGCUGUUCAAGGACCCCCUGGAGAAGGAAGGACAGGUGGGAGGCCCCAUCCUGGCGCAAGAGGAGAUCAAGACCAUCUUUGGCAGCAUCCCAGAGAUCUAUGACGUGCACACCAGGAUAAAGGCGGACCUGGAGGAGCUGGUGAUGAACUGGUCGGACGACAAAAGUGUCGGUGACAUUAUCCUGAAAUAUUCUAAAGAGCUUGUUAAGGCCUAUCCACCGUUUGUCAACUUCUUUGAGAUGAGCAAGGAGACCAUUGUGCGCUGUGAGAGACAGAAACCCCGCUUCCAUGCUUUCCUCAAGAUCAAUCAGGCCAAGCCCGAAUGUGGGCGGCAGACGCUCGUGGAGCUGCUGAUUCGUCCUGUGCAGAGGCUGCCCAGUGUGGCUCUCCUGCUCAACGACAUAAAGAAGCACACAUCUGAGGAUAACCCGGACAAAAUCACUUUGGAGAAGGCCAUAGAGUCACUCAAAGAAGUUAUGACGCACAUAAAUGAAGAUAAGAGGAAAACAGAAGGUCAGAAGCAAAUCUUUGAUGUUGUCUAUGAGGUGGAUGGAUGUCCGGCCAACCUACUGUCUUCUCACCGGAGUCUGGUGCACAGGGUGGAGACCAUUGCUCUGGGAGACAAGCCGUGUGAUCGCGGGGAGCACGUCACCCUCUUUCUCUUCAGCGACUGCCUGGAGAUUGCGCGGAAGCGGCACAAGGUCAUCAACACGUUCCGGAGUCCUCUGGGUCAGACGCGCCCACCUGCUCAUCUCAAGCACAUUGCCCUCAUGCCUCUGUCUCAAAUCAGACGGGUGCUGGACCUACAGGAGACCGAAGAGUGCCAGAAUGCCUUUGCGCUGGUGGUGCGCCCCCCUACUGAGCAGGAGAACCUGUUGUUCAGCUUCCAGCUGACGGCUGAGGACACACACAAGUCGGUGUGGCUCAAGACCCUCUGCCGCCAAGUGGCCAACACCAUCUGCAGGGCCGACGCAGAGGACCUCAUCCAGUGCACCGAUCCCGACUCCCUCCAAGUAAGCACCAAAGAUAUGGACAGCACACUGAGCAGAGCCUCCAGGGCCAUCAAGAAGACAUCAAAGAAGGUCACCCGGGCCUUCUCCCUGACCAAGACCCCCAAGCGUGUGAUCCAGAGGGCCUUCAUGGUCAGCAGCACUCCAGACAAGAGUCCCGGCCUGGCGUCCGAACACAUGAGCCGUGCCGGCAGCACCUCCACCCUGGCUAUGGCGCGCUCAGCCUCCACGUUCAGCCUCAACGGCCCCACCAAGAACGCGGUGGUGCAGCGCUCCAACUCUCUGGACCACCCCCUUCGCCCCCGCGGCGUGCCGGUCUGCGUGCGCACGCCCAGCAGUCCCGAAAACACCGCCCCUGAACCCCCCAAUCAAGCAGAGCCCGGGCCUCGCUCGCCCACCCCAGCCUACCACACAGCGGCCCUGACCCCAGUGUCCCCUCUGAGUGUGUGUCGGGACCUGCAGGUGCCCAGGCCCCCGGGCCGCAGGGAGACCCUCCUGUAGACACGACGCUGUCCACUCUCCAUCUAUGGUGAACUUGCAUUCCAUGUUUGAGAGGAAGUACCACACCUUCAGCCGCUCGUCAACACACCUCAUUUAAUACUACUUGCCUGGAUUCCAGUGGGUCCUUAAGCUCUAAGAAAGUACUUACCAUUAACUAAUCCUCAGAGGUACAGCAAAUAUCUCCCACACUUUCAAGUGUGUAUCUUAACAAAAGCUUGGACAAAUAUUGUCUGGCUUAAAACAUGAAGGAUAUUUUUUGUGCAUUUGUUUCACUUAUCUGGUAUUAAACGUUUCAGGCACAUUUAAUUAACACGCAUAGAUAUGCAGUAACUGACCAAUUGAUAUAUUUUGUCUUCAUAGAGGGAUGUAGUGGUUUUCCUUAAUUAUUAACAAAUGAAAGUAUUCAUAACAUUUAAUGGGAACAAGCCUUGGUUUCGGUUACCUUAUCUUUCAGCUUUUAUAAAGCUAUUAUGUAUUUUACUUUUAUUACCAGUGAUCAGGAUUAGGGGGAAAUGAGUCACUCAAGAAUAGGCAUUCAUUCAUUCGUUUUGUGUAUGUUUUAAAACUGAUUUUAUGUUUGUUUUAUGUCUAUUUGAGUUUGUUUUAUGUCUAUUGUUUAUGUGUCUUUUGUGUAGCCUUACAUAUUUAUACAUCAAAAUCAUUUAUAUAAAUAGCCUAUUUGAAUGUUCCUCAGCAGUCCUCUUUUUCUAUUUAUGUAGUAUGCGUGUGUAUUCCUUUUGUUUUUGUUUUUCUCUUUGUGCUCUCAGUGGCUCUACACUAUAUUUGCUGUCAACCCUUCUUAUCUUUAUCCUUUUUCUCUAAAGAAAAUAUGAGCAGGGUUCAUUCCUGUAAAUCAAUGCAAGUCACACACGCACACACAGGGCUGUGACUUAAAGAUAAUGACUUUCUACUUUUAAAUAUGAUUUCACUUGCUUUAUUUCAAUAAAAGAAGCAAAACUCAA